UUGCUCCUCGCGUGUAGUUCGAAUCGAAGGAAGCCUGAAAAAUGAAAUUAUUAAACAGCGGGGUCGAUAAAUCGGAUAUUUCUCCAAUUUAUCAAUAAACGCGAGAAGGGGUGUUUCGUGUGCGAAUUCCGUCGAGCAGGCGCACAGGGUUGUCGGGGGUGCCGUCGGUCGUCGGCCGAAGAUGGAGUCUGCGCGCAGAGGGUAAAACUGGGAAUAUCGUCGAGUUUCGCCUUUGUGGCGAAGAAAGAAGAAAAUUCCCCGCACUAAACGCGACCGAGUUAAAGGGUCGAAUGAAAGUGAGUGCUUGUUUAAUCGGUUCAAGUUUCAAGAGUCGGUUCUUUGAUGAAACGUAGUUACGUCUCGGAUCGGGGAAGAGGGCCCGCAGGAUCGCUGGACCGUGAUCUUUGAGAGUCUGUGCGGCUGUGUUGAUUAUUGUUGGUGAAAAGAUACGCGGGAAUAAAAGAUCCCGGUGUCGCGACGCGCCUCGUCGUCCACCUCCUCAUCCUCCGCGUCGCUCCGAAUUAUUGCAAAACCGUAGAGAAUCGCCACUAUAUUAUUGUACCGCAGCCGCUGAAAACGUGUCCAACGCACCCCGCCCGCAAUAAUUUCAAGUGGGCGUCGUCGACGUCGUCAUCAGGAAUCGAGGGACAAUAAGUUGCCUGCAAAACUGGCGAGUCUGACGAGCUGCGUGACGACGAUGAUGGACGAUGAAGAUCAGGAGGAGCUUCAUUGCACCGGAAGUGACGUUGAGAUCGAGGAAUACACCGACACGGAGGAGACGCCAUAUGCGGCUUAUCAGCCAUCGGAUAAGCUCUUCGACACCGACCAACCUGGGUGGCAGAAAUUCGGCUUUUUGGGCACUUUGACGGUGGUUGUUACUUCGGUUACCAUGCUCGUUAUCGCAUUUCCACUUUAUAUGGAAAGCGUUAGCGCGGUUUCCACAGCUUACACAGGACUUUUGUUCACCUCGGCGACAACCGUGGUAGUUUUAGGGGUGCUGAGCUUCGUCGUGCGUCGCGUUUCGCCUCCCCCCGCGAUGAUACCGAACAGCAUGAGGAUUCGCAUACCGCGUUGUUCGAUGGCCAAAAUCGGAGGCGUUUACGCUCUCACCGGAAUAUUCCUGACACUCUCCUUGGACCAAAAUAGAGUCCUGUGUCACGUCCAGGACCCGGUCAAGGCCAUCACCCUGUUCUUCUCGCUCGUCUACUACUUUUUCUUCUGCAGGAAAAUGAUGAGUUUGCAGCGUAUAUUUUCUAUAACGACCGUACUUGUCGGUCUUUUUAUAAGCGUUGAUUAUGGUCUGUGCGACGAGUUUCGUUGCAGAGGAAGAGAAGUUUCCGCGCACACGGCUUCCAUGAGAGGAUCCUGGGGGACCAGGGCGGUUUGGACCCUCGUUUACUUCGCUAGUCUUGCGUCUCUGGCCAUGUUUUUUACCAUGUUGGAACGUCACUACGCGAGUGGGCAAAAUAUCUGCCCGCUCCUCACGACGCAAAACAAUUCCUUUCUCUACACCGUUUCUCGUUUGGUUUCUUCGAGAGACAUCAGACGCAGAGGAUCGGAAGAAGAAGGAGGACGAUUGCUUCACGUUACGGACCCGGACCCGAAUAUCAGACCGAAAAAUUUCCCAAAACCACCGAUACUACCGACUCUUCUGUACAUCCAUCUGAUCUCUCUUGCGAUCGUUCUCGCUCUGAGUUGGAUGGACACGCUGCCCGGAGUCGGAAGAGGCUUGUCUCCGCUGGAUCUUUAUCGAACGGUGGAAAGCGGUCUGAUUUGUCAUUUUCGCAGCACAAAUACUUGCACCAACGUCUCUGGUCACGGUUGGAUAUUCGUUAUAGCGUACGUGGCUUUUUCGAUUUCCACCUUAAAGUUCCUCGCGAUGUGCGAAAGCGCGGUUUUCACCGUUGCCGCGGCCACCGUCGCCUUACCAGUUUCCGGAAUAUUCUGGAGCAUCUAUAAAAUGGACGUUGGCGUGAACGGAGGGACGAUGACCUGGUCUCCGGGAGUUACGGGAGAACUGAUCUGCGCUCUUCUCGGUCUUCCGGUAGUUCUUCUCGGUCUCGGUCUCCUCGUCAGGGCUCAUUUCAAAGACAACGGUCAGUCGUACAAUUCGAUGCAGCCAUCCUCUUUCGUAGAGCGAGAGGCACAGGAUUCGGAGAGAUGAAUUACGACUAGAUAAUAAGAUCGACGCCAUCUCAAUUGAGUUGAGGUGAUCGCGAGCGCGACAAUGCUAUGAAAUAUGAUAUAACAAUAACGAUACAUGGGGGAAUGGCAGAAUCAGGUAGAAUUUUAUAGGUAGUAGCAGUACGCAGAAGACAAAAUAUUUUGUUCAUAAAGAGUAAACGCAAAGAAAAUAGAUGAAGAAAACUGUUUCCUAUAUACGAGAAGUUAUAUAAAAUAUUUAAUAAUGAUACACGUCCAUCCAGUCAAGUUAUUGCCAAUUUAUAUUUUAUUUUGAUAUAACACUGAUAUUAAUAAUAAUAAUAAUGAUAUAAUAAUGAUAAUCAUCAUCAACGUCAACAUCAUCAUCAUCAUCAUCGUCGUCGUCGUCGUCAUUAUCAUCGUCGUGAAAAUUAUAGCGACAAUCUUACCGAAUGUUUCGUAUUUUCAAAGGUUCCGUCAUAAUAAUGAGAUUUACGGAAUAAUAAUCAAAUGCGAUAUGGUAUGUUUGGCUAGACUUUGCCAUCGUAUUAAUUGAGAUCGAUUAGUCAAUACCGAACUGAUCGCCUUUUUCGUCAGAACGGCGAACGUUGGUGUGAAAAUAUUGAAGACGAAAGAAAAGUUUCGCAGGACCGUCCUUCCGUCCGUCCGUUACACUUUGAUUACUUUUGCUAAUUGCGAUACCUAUGACUGCGUAUCGCAAAUAAUCAUAAUGCCUGCAACAUGUUCCGACGAUGACGUGCGAUCGCCCCACCGGGCUAUUUCGCAUUUUAUUGAACUCAAAGCCGAUAAGACGGACGCGUAUAUUUCUAUAUUGAUACAUAGACACAGGGAUACCUAGAUACAUUCAUACUAGCCAGGUGUACCGUACGAUAAAAUUAAGAAAUAAAUAAAUGAAUAAAUCAUGACACCCAAAUACUGUAUGGCAACUUUUGGUACAUACAUAUUAGGGGUUGUAAAUGACAAAUGAGGACGUAAUUAUUUCGGAAGUCGCGUCAUAUUAUUACAUGAUAUUCAUUGGAUCGCGAGCGUAACGUAUUUGCCAAACUUAAUUAAUGUUGAUAAUUUAUUUAUAUGUUAAUAACGUAAUCGUAAGAAAAUCUUUCUGUAUUCUGUAUUCCCGAUAACGUCCACUCUUAUACCAAUUAUACUUACGGAGUAUCCAAGCCCAAAAUAUUAUGGAUUCAAACCUAAUCGUUGUACCGCUGUACCGUAUACUUUUUUGAUAAAUGACAUCGAUUUUCAUUGUAACGUUAGUCGUGAACUACACUACGACAGUUGUCAUUCUCUUGCUCACAAUUCGACGUAUACAAUAUUACUUAUCUAGUAUAGCAAUUACUGUGUAUUCAUUGAGUUAAAUUAUGUUCAUCGGUGCGAUGAUGAACCACUUUCAGUAUUUGAUGCUCAAACGACUGCGACUUUAGAACUAAAUUUUUCGUACAAUGCUAUAGGACAAAUAGGAACAGCAGCAAUGUUUUUGUGCCAAAAAUUGUAGAGCGUACCGCUCUUAGAAACUCGAUUGCUGCCGGUGCGUAGUUUUUAGAAAAAGAUAAAAAAAAAACAAACAAUGCAACGCGUUAUCAUUUUAUGGGUUAAAAAUUAUCUAUAAUUACUACUGUUCAAUCGAUCGAGGUAUGAAGUACGGUUCCAUGUAAAACUGAGAACACGUUACGAUUAUUCUCUAAAUUUUACUUGAAUAACUAUAACGCAACAAGUUGAUACGUCCAGAUUUUUAAUUAUUGGAGGAGUAAAAACUAAG